GAAAGAGGUGUGUUCUCUCUCACCGUUUACCUAACAGAUUGCCCAAAUCAGUCUAUUUUCAGAAUGUCAGAAUCGUCCGGACAAGGUGCGGAGCCCGUAGCUCCUGGAUUUGAAACUAUUUCCAAGAGCUCUUGGAUGGGAUUCAUCAAGAACUUGGCUACUUUCACUGGAGAUUUGUCUACUCUUUCUGCUCCUUCUUUUAUUUUGUCAGGGACUUCUUUGCUUGAAUAUAUGUCUUACUGGUUUGAAUUUCCUGAACUGUUCGUAUCUAUUGUCGAUCAUGAACACCCCAAAGAUCGCAUGCUAGCCGUAUUGAAAUGGUAUAUGGCUGGUCUUAGCCGUGAAUAUGCAUCCCGAAACAAGAGUUAUGGUACCGAAAAGAAGCCUCUCAAUCCCAUUUUGGGUGAACUUUAUUAUGGUUCUUGGGAUUCAAGUAAAGGCAAAGUUGAAUUGGUUGCCGAACAAGUCUCCCACCAUGGUCCCGUUUCCGCCGCCCGCGUACACUGUAAAGAGGCAGGCAUAUCCGUUGACACCCACAAUAUGUAUAGAAGUGGAUUUUCCGGCCGUACUGUAUACGUGAACCAGAUUGGUCAAAUCCGUAUUCAUCUAGACAAAUUUAACGAGACUUAUUACUUAACCCUCCCCAACAUUUCAUUAGAAGGUCUUUGGUACAUGACUCCUUACAUUGAAUUGUACGGUAGCACCUAUAUUGUCAGUACCUCCAACUACAUCACAAAGAUUGAUUAUUCUGGUCGUGGUUAUUUUAGCGGAACAAAGAAUUCUUUUAAAGCAACCGUUUAUGAGAAAGGCGCAAACCCCGAUUACGUCGCGGAGGGCGUUUGGACAGGCACUUCAAAGGUUACUGACACGAAAUCUAAGACCACCUCUCCUUUCUUAGACUAUGGUACCAUGGAUGCCAUUCCUAUUCUUCCUCGACCUUAUAGUGAAGUUGGCGAAUGGGAAACACGCCAUGUUUGGGGUAAAGUAUCUUCUGCUCUUGCCCGUAACGCUUAUGACAUUGUCAGUGUAGAGAAGUCUACCGUUGAGCAAUCUCAACGUGACAUGCGUAAACGGGAACAAGAAGAGGGUGUGGAAUGGAAACGCAGAUACUUUGAAUGGAAGCCUGAUGAAAGCUCGGCUCGUAAUUUGUUGGCUCAAGCUGUGCAAGAGAUCAUCGAACCUGGAUAUUGGGUAUAUGUCGGCGAUACGCAACCCGAAUGCAAACCCGGUGACCAUCCCGUAAGAAGAACGUAAUCUUGUUAUGGUUGCAUUUACUUUUUCUCCCUCUACAGUAUAAAUGUUUUGGUUUUAAUUUUUAUAUAGUUUUGUUCUCGUGACUAUUUGGUGAUGUUAGACGUAAGAACGGCUUGUUUUGGAAGGAAGUUUUGGAAGACAUUUCUAAAUGACAUUACCGAUGAAGCAAAGUUUACUUGUCUUUUUUCAGCAUUUGAAAACAAAGGCUUACUUGAGAUUAGUGAAAAUCCGAUGCAAUGUGAAAAAAAAAUAAAAAAAAGAAGAGAAAAAUAACAAGCAUCUUCAUCACCUUCCGUUCUUAACACCAAUCGUGUUUAACAUGGUUUUCCUUCUAAACGUCUCUGUUCGACCUAAAUUACUUGUACGAGAUUAUUCAUUCAUUCUCUUUUCCAUACUAAACAGUUACACGACUUUCAGGUUUAUUUAUCAUGUUCCGGUAUGUUGUGAAAUUAGCAAUAAAAGCCUUAUAGUCAUGUAUUUUUUAAUUUUUAAUAAUUUUAUUUAGAAACGAAAAGUGUCUUUUCUGUAAAGCAUAAGACUUUAAGUAUGCAAUUUUUGAGAGUAAAGCCGUUUGAAGCGGAGAGGAGUAAAAACUGAGUAUAUGUA